AUGGAUACACCAUCAAAUCCCACUCCUCAACCCCCAAUCCAAAGCGUCAUCCCCUCUCAACCUCAACCCAAUCCUAAGGAAGGCAUCAAUGCCAUCACCCUAAGAUCUGGAACACAAUUAAAAGAGAAGGGAGCAAAGGAUUCAAAUUCCAUCACAAUCGCUCAAGAGGAGGAGAGAAUAGAUGUAGAAGAGGUAGUGGACGAAGAGACACCACAAGUCACAGUUGAGGAUGAAGAAGCUCAACCAACAAAAGAGACCCCCAAGACCAAGAGAACCUUGGAAGAAGAAAUUGCUCAACCGCUCCCAUUUCCAACACUUACAAAGAAAGCUAGGAAGUGCGUAGAACUCGACCCCAAAAUGAUAGAAACAUUCAAGAAAGUCGAGGUAACCAUCCCCCUCUUUGAUGCUAUCCACCAAGUUCCUAGGCCCUUGUAUGGUCACUUGCACCGUCAAUGGAGUUCAAUUCAUAGAUUGUGUGACCUCGGAGCAUGUGUUAGCAUCAUGCCUCUCUCCGUCUACCGGAUAUUGAAGUUGCCACCACUAAAAAGGUCGACGGUAAGAUUUGUCCUAGCAGAUAAAAGCAUAAUAACCGUGACGGGUGUUGUGGAAGAUGUACUGGUGAAUAUCAAAGGGUUGGUGUUUCCGAUUGACUUCUAUGUCCUUGAAAUGCCAUCAAGCAAAACCGAGAGAGCAUCAUCCAUCCUACUUGGAAGACCAUUUUUGAGAACUUCUAGAUUUAAGCUCGAUGCCUACUCGGGAACCUACUCAUUUGAGAUAGAUGGAAGAGUCGUAAGUUUUAGCCUAGAAGAAGCAAUGAAGCAUCCACCGGAGAAUCACUCUCUAUUCUGGUGUGACCCAAUUGACAACAUUGUUGCCAAAGUGCACCUUGCAAAGUUAGAUGAGAAGUACAUGAUUGAGGAAGCAAAUGAAGAUCCAAGCAAAUUAAACACCACGCACCAUACAAACCAUCCGGAAACUCAAACCUCAAAAAAUGACAAAAAGAUGGAAUUGAAGCCACUACCACCCCACCUAAAGUACUCAUAUCUCGAUGAAGCCCAAAAGCUCCCCGUGAUAAUCGCAAAAGAGCUAACCCCUCAACAAGAAGAAAAGUUGCUAGAUGUCUUGAGGAAAAAUAAAAGGUGA